AUGGGGUCGUCCCGCCUGCUCCUGGCUCUCGGUGUGCUGCUGGCGGCCGUGUAUGGGUGUUACGGCGACGCCGCCGGGCCCCAGCAGGCAGCUGCGGCGCAGGGGACGCAAGCCACCGGCGGCGCGGCGGCGGCGGCAGCAGCACACCCGCCUCCGGCCAAGAAGCACCCCAAGCUGCGUCAGAAGGGCUGCCCACCCGACAAUGCGCGCUGCAUCGCCCUGCGAGAUCACGUCUGCGACCCUUACUUUGCUAAUGUCACAGACGUCUGCACGUUUGUGCAGUACAACAAGCACUGCGCCGAGGAUGUGCACCACAUCGCCUACCUGCCCCUCUUCUACUGCCGCCACGGCGACGGCCCCGUGCUGGUGGCGCUCUUCUUCCUGGCCUGGAUGGGGGUGCUGUUCUGGGUGAUGAGCAAGGCAGCAGAGGACUUCCUGGUGCCGGCGCUAGAGUAUCUGGCCCAGCUGAUGCGCAUGACCCCUGACGUGGCGGGGGUGACCCUCUUUGCCUUUGCCUCGGGAGCGCCCGACCUGUUCACCCAGAUUGCAGCGGUGGCGGUUGGGGGCAACGUGGACCAGGAGCUUGCCAUCAGCACCACCCUGGGCGGCGGCCUCUUCAUCAUCGCCGUCAUCUUCUCGGUGGUGGCGCUGGUCAACCGCCCGCCGCCGGGGUCGCCAGACGAGGGCGACGUCGCAACGGAGAUCAUGGACCGCCGUGCUUUUGUGCGGGACUCGCUGGCCUACCUGCUGAGCACGGCGGCCCUGCUGGCCAUCAUGCUGCGUGGCGUGUUCUCAGCCUGGGAAGCCUCCCUGCUGCUGCUGGGCUAUGCAGCGUACCUCACAACCUGCGUCAUGACCAGCAGGGGCGCGGCAGCAGGAGGGCCCCACGGCGGCGGCCGCCACGGCUACGCCGCCGUGUCGCCCUCGCAGCAGCAGCAGCAGCAGCAGCAGCUUCACGGGCAGCUAGAGAUGCAGCAGGCGGGCACGGCGGCGUUUGCGGGUGCAGACGACGGCGGCAGGCAUCUGGGCGGCGUGGUUGUGGUGGGAGGGGAGGCGCCGCCGCGCAUGGUGCAGCUGGAGCUUGCGCCUUGGGCGGGCAGCGGCUCGCCACAUGGCUUGCUCAAGCCUGCCGAUGCCGGCUACGGCAGCGGCGCAGCGCCAGGCGGCAAGCUUGUGCAGCAGCAGCAGCAGCAGCAGCAGCAGCAGCAGCAGUAUGGUGGCGGCGAGGGCGAGGGCGAGGGCGGAGAGCUGGCUGUGCUGGUGGCGGGUGCGCCGCUGUCGGAUGCGCUGCCCGCGGGCGCGGCCAUCGGCCGGCCCGGCGGGCUGACGCCUCCCGGCGGGGUGACGCCGCGGGCGUCGCGCCUGGCGUGGCGCGCCAAGCUGGGCGGCCACAGCAGCAGCCGGCUGGGCAAGGCGGUGAGCAGCGCGACGCUGGGCCUGCAAGAGAUGCUGCACACCAAGGGCAAGAGCGGGCCGUCCCUGUGGCUGACGAUGAUGAUGUCGCCCGCCAUGCUGCUCCUGCACGCCACCAUGCCCGCGCUGCACCCCGGCUACUACACGCCGUGGUAUGCGGUGAUCCUGUCGCUGGGGGCGCCCCUCUUCAUGCUGCUCAGCACAGGGCUCUACCCCAACCACCUGUCCACAGAUCACUUCAUCCUUGCUUGGCUGCUGUCGGCGCUGGCGCUGCUGGCGCUGGUGCUGCUAGCGGUGCAGCCAGCGGGGGCCGGCGUGGGGCCCAGCGCCGGCAGUGGCGGCCUGCAGCCCGGCACGCCAAACGGCUCCGUCGCGGUGCUGGCGGUGGCCGGGGGCAGCCCGCUGGCGCCGGCAGCCCCCGGCGGCAGCAGCCCCCUUGCGGCAGCCGCGGGCAGCGGCGCGGGCGGCAGGUGGUGGGCCCGCGCCUGGCCCGCCCUCACCGGCUGCUCCGGCAGCCGGAUACGGCACCUGUGCGCGGCGCGGCGGCCGCGGCGCAACGGCGUGCUGGCGGUCCUGGCCUCGGUGCAGUGCAUGCUGUGGCUGAGCGUGGCGGCAGAUGAGCUGGUGUCGCUGUUUGAGUCCAUUGGCCGCAUCUGCGACAUCAGCCAGGACCUUCUGGGCGCCACGGUGCUGGCCUGGGGCGAGGCGGUGCCGGAGCUGGUGGCAACCAUGAGCCUGGCGCGGCAGGGGCAGGCCACCACAGCCAUCGCGGCGGUGUUUGGGGGGCCUGUCUUCAAUGUGCUCUGCGCGUGGGCGGGGCCCACGCUGUUUUCGGCGCUGCAAAAGAAGCCGCAGCCCUACGCGAUGUCUGUGGGGGUGGGAGUGCUGGUGGCUGCCACCAUCACCAUCCUGGCCUUCAUGCUGCUUGCCAUACCACUCGUGUUUGGGUGGCGGCUGGCCCGCUGGGCCGCCAUUGGCAUCCUGUUGAUAUACGGCCUCUCCCAAAUUGUAUUCCUGCUCGUGGAGGAGUUUUUGUAG